AUGUGCAAAUGGACACCUACUACCGCUGGUCUCCACUUCGCUGGCUCAGCCCCCCCUUCUUAUCCUGCUACCCUGGUAUGCUUGUCCCUACUCUCUCUGGCUUGCUCUGCUCUUGGAGGUUGCCCACCUGCACUGGGGCAUGACCCCCUACAUGCGCUGGCACAAGGGACAAACUGCUCGUGGACUCUGGAGCGGCACACACGCAGCUAUAACCACCUCGAGGGUGACGUUCGCCUGCGACGCCUCUAUUCUGCCAACAAGUUCUUUCUCUGCAUCGACAAGACGGGCAAGGUGGAUGGCACACGUCGGAAAAAUUACGCUGACAGUCUGAUGGAAAUCCGAUCUGUCAGUGUGGGAGUUGUCGCCAUCAAAUCUGUCAGCACCGGCCUGUACUUAGCUAUGUCCAAAAAGGGAACACUCUUCGGAUCGGCCAGAUACAACCCCAGCUGCAAGUUCAAAGAGCGGAUUGAAGAGAACGGCUAUAACACUUACGCCUCUCUGCGCUGGAAGCACAGGGGGAGGCAGAUGUUUGUGUCACUGAACGGCCGAGGAAAACCCCGCAGAGGUCACAAAGCUAGACGGAGACACCCAUCUACUCAUUUCCUCCCAAUGCUGCCCACAUAG